GGAGCAGGCGCAGAGCUGAGCGGGGAGACAAGAUGGCUGCGCCCAUGUGCCCACCUGGGACACGGCUGGAGCCGGUCGUUUAAUCCCGUUCUGCCUUCGGGGGAGCCGAGUUGUGCCGUGCCGUGCUGUGUCACCCCCCCAUAUACCCUAUCGCCACCCCUGCAUGGAGCCGCGGGAGUCCUGGGCGGCCUUGGCUGCUGGUGGAGUUGCUGGCGUCUGUGUUGACUUGGUCCUUUUUCCCCUGGAUACUGUAAAAACAAGACUGCAGAGUCCUCAAGGAUUUAGGAAGGCUGGUGGCUUUCGUGGCAUCUAUGCUGGUGUUCCUUCCACUGCUAUAGGAUCCUUUCCAAAUGCUGCUGCAUUUUUUAUCACCUAUGAGAAUGUGAAAUCUGUGCUGCACCAUGACUCUGCAUCUUACUUGUCUCCAGCAACACACAUGGUGGCUGCCUCCCUUGGGGAAGUGGUUGCAUGCCUCAUACGGGUUCCCUCAGAGGUUAUCAAGCAAAGGGCUCAGGUUUCUCCUUCCUCGAGUACCUUCCGGAUUCUCUCCCACACCUUGUAUCAUGAGGGUAUUCAAGGACUUUAUCGGGGUUAUAAAAGCACAGUAUUAAGAGAGAUUCCUUUCUCUCUGGUACAAUUUCCCCUGUGGGAGUCCUUAAAGGAUCUCUGGUCAUGGAAGCAGGGUCACGUGGUGGAUUCUUGGCAGUCAGCAGUCUGUGGAGCUUUUGCAGGUGGAUUUGCAGCUGCAGUCACCACACCUCUGGAUGUAGCAAAGACAAGAAUUAUGUUGGCAAAGGCUGGUUCCAGCAACGCCAGUGGGAACGUUCUGGCUGCCCUUGGUGGCAUCUGGAGGACAGAAGGCCUGGCAGGCUUGUUUGCAGGUGUUGUCCCACGGAUGGCAGCCAUCAGCCUGGGAGGCUUCAUCUUCCUGGGGACAUACGAGAAGAGUCGCCAGCUGCUGCUCUGACCCAGCCUGGCUGCUCCUUCUGGUGGCCACCAAAGAACUGGAGGAGGAGGAGUCAGUCCAUGGGCACAGCCUUCCUCCUGCCGCCCCUCGCCUGCUGGAGCAGCUGCUCAGCCUUCUGAACGCCACUUUCACUGGUGAAGAGAAGUAAAUCCUCCAAUAAUCCAAUUUCCCAAACAUGAAAUUUUUCCUGCAUGGAAAGUGAGUGAGGUCAUUGUGAGAGUCGUGCCAAAAAAGUAAUGUUUGGGGGGUAAACAGCUAAUUAUGGUGGCUGAGAAAGGCGUUAUUAGAACUCCUGCAGGGGAAAUGUUUUGCAAACCUCCAGAUUGUGGGCUGAGUGGGGAGGCUGAAAUAAAGCAAGUUUUCAUAA